AAGGCUGGGUUUUUCCGGAACUUCUCUUUUACUCCCAAAACUGAUACAAGAUCGAAGCUUUUUAAUCUGUUUCUUCGAAAAAUCUGCCAUGGCUGCUCUACAGUACCUUGAAUCGCAGAAAAAUGCGCAUCCGGAGCUUGGCGAAUGGUACAAUUCGCUCGCAGAUCUGUACCAGAAGAAGCUCUGGCACCAGCUCACCCUUAAGCUCGAGCAGUUCAUCGCUCUUUCAGUUUUUCAGGAUGGAGAUGCUUUAAUACAGCUUUACAACAAUUUCAUUACUGACUUUGAGACGAGGAUCAAUCUUCUGAAGCUUGCUCAUUUUGCUGUGGUAGUCUCGAGACAGUACCCUGAGAAAGAUGCUGCUGUUAGUUAUCUUGAAGGAGUGAUUGAAAAGCUUAAAGCUACUAAAGAGUCACGGAUAAAUGAGCCAAUUUGCUAUGUAGAAACACAAAUAUCUUUGUUCAAGCUUGAGCAAGGUGACCAGAAGGAGUGUAAGAAAAUCUUGGACGAUGGAAAAAGCUUGAUUGAUAGUAUGACUGACAUUGAUCCAUCAGUCUAUGCCAACUUCUAUUGGGUGUCUUCUCAGUACUAUAAGUUCCGUCAAGAAUUCUCUGAGUUCUACAAGAAUGCUCUUCUUUACCUCGCUUAUACCUCUGUGGAGUCACUCUCGGAAUCGUUUAAGCUGGAUCUGGCAUUUGAUUUGUCGCUUUCAGCUCUACUUGGAGACAAUAUCUAUAACUUUGGGGAACUGUUAGCGCAUCCAGUUUUGAAAAGUCUACUUGGAACAAAUGUGGAAUGGCUUUACCACAUUCUACAAGCAUUCAACCACGGUGAUUUAGUUCAGUAUCAAGAACUUUGUCGUGUGCACAACGCAUCCUUGAGCGCUCAACCAGCACUAGUUGAGAAUGAGAAGAAACUAUUAGAGAAGAUCAACAUUCUCUGCCUUAUUGAGAUCAUUUUCAGCCGACCUGCUGAAGAUAGGACCAUACCUCUGAGUGUCAUUGCCGAGCGUACUAAACUUUCAAUCGAAGAUGUCGAGCACCUUCUCAUGAAGAGUUUAUCCGUGCACUUGAUAGAGGGAAUAUUAGAUCAAGUGGAUGGAACAGUUUAUGUCUCAUGGGCGCAACCCAGGGUGUUAGGGAUUCCGCAGAUCAAGUCAUUGAGGGAUCAGCUAGACAGUUGGGUCGAUAAAGUUCACACUACAUUGUUAUCUGUUGAGGCCGAGACACCUGAUCUUGUUGCAGCUUAAAACCCUUGUUUCCUCUUUUUUCUUCUUCGUUGUCUGUUUAAGCUAUAGAUUGUAACAUUCUCUGAGGGGAUUAAAUGCAAGUUCUAUUUAAGUGUUUUAGGAGCUACAGUUACUUUUAAACCUUUGUUCUUCACAGACAUAAAAUGUAUCCUCCUCUCUAUUCGUCCAUUUCAGGGUGAUCCAAUUUAGUUGA